GGCGCCUUGCGUUGCGCUGCUUUUGUGGUGCUAACUGCGCCAACCCGCCGACUCGUGCCAGAGCCCUGGCGGCCAACCCCUGGCCACUGGCGCCAAGCUCAAACAAGCGUUCUCGCCAAUCGUUGGCUGUCCUUGGCACCUGGAACGAACCCACUGUUUGGCGCCCUCCCGGCACUUGCCGCCCAACGUGCACAGCCUCCCCUGGUUCGAACUGCCCUUUAACCACAUUAACCACACGACUCUGGACACGAGGUUGUGCCCAUCCCUGGAACAAACCUCCCGCUCUCUCCUUUCCUGGCUGUAUCCAGCUUCCCGCCAGCCGUAUUCUCGCGUUCCGUCGAGCGCCCCCGCUCUCUUUUCGCGAAAGAAACAUUUGCAGUUUUGUUGUCGCCACGUUCCUGCGAGGAAAUCCAUCAGGCGGUCGCGGGCGACCAUGAAGAAGGGCAUUGCAGCAGCCAUCGAAAUGACGCCGCGGCGGCAGCCAAGCGGCAAGUUCAAGGAGAUCGAGACCGAUUACCAGCCUGUCAACUGGAAGAGGCUCUUUCUGACACCAAAAUAUCUCGUGCUGUGGAUCAUCUGCAUUAUCGUCGUCGUCUUGACCAUUAUAAUUACCAUCAAACAUGAACAGGUCGUCGCGGCCCUCCGACCGUUUUCCGAGAAAGUACGAGACCUGCCAGCCGGAUGGCUCAUACCAAUCGCUAUUCUCAUCAUCAUUUCGUUCCCGCCGCUCUUCGGCCACGAAUUGAUAGCGCUUCUGUGCGGCGUCGUAUACGGGCUGUGGAUUGGGUUCGGCAUCGUGGCGGCGGGAACAUUCCUCGGCGAACUGGCCACCUGGUUCGCCUUCAAGCGCCUCUUCCGUAAGAAGGCUGAGAAGCUGGAACGGACGAACCUCAACUACGGCGCGCUCGCGCGGAUCACGCGAGACGGCGGAUUCUGGAUCGUGCUGAUCAUCCGCUUCUCCGCGAUCCCCUCGCACUUCUCGACCGCCGUCUUCUCGACCUGCGGCGUCAACUUCUGGGUCUUCGCCAUCGCCACCCUGCUCACCCUCCCGAAGCAGAUCUUCCUCGUCUACCUCGGCGUGCUGCUGCUGCAGGACAAGCCCGACAACUCGGCCAAGAACAUCGUGUUCGGCAUCGCUUUCGCCCUGACCAUCGUCAUGGCCAUCUACAUCGGCUACAAGAUGAAGAAGGUCAAGAAGGUGCUGCUCGAGGAGCAGGCGCAGAGGCGGAAGGCACGGCUGGAGCAGGAGGCCGACGAGUGCGAGGAGGGCCAGUUCCUGAUGGAGACGCAGGGGCCGCGGGAGCGCGACUACGACGCCGUUGCCCAAGAGGAGGUGGACAUUGGCGUGGCGGGCGCGGGUAGCUACGGGCCUCCCAGGGAACCCUUGGGGCCGCGGUACCAUUCAGAUUUCGAGUAUCAAGGGGCGGGCAAGCUGGACAUGGGGAGGGAGCCGGUGCGGGAGCAGGCAUGGGUCUGAAAGAGGGGUGGGGAUUCACUUGCGCGAUGGUUAUGGCUUCAUUUCUAUCUGUGGAUGACCACGGUUCUAGGGGUUUGGGUUGGUUAGAAAGGUCAUCGGCGUUGUCUGGCGUUGGAUUGGGCACGAAGCUCUUUCAAGGU